GGUGUCUGCAUCAUGACGACGGCCUUUCUGCACUUCUUCUUCUUGGCGUCGUUCUGCUGGGUCCUCACGGAGGCCUGGCAGUCUUACAUGGCGGUGACGGGAAAGGUUCGGACCCGGCUCAUCCGCAAGCGCUUUCUCUGUCUGGGCUGGGGAUUACCAGCUUUGGUGGUUGCUGUUUCAAUGGGAUUCACCAAAACAAAAGGCUAUGGGACACCCUUGUACUGUUGGCUGUCUUUGGAGGGUGGGCUCCUGUACGCCUUCGUUGGACCUGCAGCUGCUGUUGUUCUGGUCAACAUGGUGAUCGGCAUUUUGGUGUUUAAUAAACUCGUGUCCAGGGAUGGCAUACUGGACAAGAAGCUGAAGCAUCGAGCAGGACAGAUGAGUGAGCCGCAUACAGGAUUAACUCUCAAGUGUGCCAAAUGUGGUGUUGUAUCAACAACUGCUUUAUCAGCAACUACAGCUAGCAAUGCAAUGGCGUCCCUGUGGAGCUCCUGCGUCGUCCUGCCUCUGCUGGCUUUGACCUGGAUGUCUGCGGUGCUCGCCAUGACGGACAAGCGCUCCAUCCUCUUUCAGAUCCUCUUCGCCGUCUUUGACUCUCUGCAGGGUUUUGUCAUUGUGAUGGUGCACUGUAUCCUACGGAGAGAGGUCCAAGAUGCUUUCAGAUGUCGUCUCAGAAACUGCCAGGACCCAAUCAGCGGCGAUGCAACAGGAACCUUCCCCAACGGGCAUGCUCAGAUAAUGACGGACUUUGAGAAAGAUGUGGACAUCGCCUGCCGAUCAGCGCUCCACAAAGACAUGGGCUCUUGUCGCGCCGCCACCAUCACCGGCACCCUCUCCCGCAUCUCGCUCAACGACGAGGAGGACGAGAAGGUCCCCGAGGGCCUCAACUACUCCACGUUGCCGGGCAACAUCAUCUCCAAAGUGAUCAUCCAGCAGCCGUCGGCGCUGCACAUGUCGAUGGGCGUCGGGGAUCUGAAGGAGCAGUGCAUGGCCGACGGCGGCACCGACCUGCGCCGCGCCGUCUACCUGUGCACCGACGACGCCAUGCGCCAGAGCGACCACGACAUGGGCGGCCACCACGACAUGGAGGGCCACCCGGCGCAGGGCCAGAUGAUGGAGACGGACUACAUAGUCAUGCCUCGUGCCUCCGCCGCGGCGUUGUCGGGGCAGUGUAACAUGCCCACCUUGCUCAAAGAGGACACCAAGAUGAACAUCACUAUGGACACGCUGUCGCACGAGAGGCUGAUGCAUUACAAGAUGAGCCCCGACUUCAACAUCAGCCCGUCGGGCUUGGACCACAUGAAUGUGAACCUGGAGCAGCAGUAUCCUAGCGCUCCGGAGCAGAUGCAAAACCUGCCCUUUGAACCGCGCACCGCAGUUAAGAACUUCCUCGCCGAGAUGGAGGAGAGUGCGGGGCUCUCUCGGAGCGAGACGGGAUCUACAAUAUCCAUGAGCUCCUUAGAGAGACGAAAGUCGCGAUAUUCUGAUCUGGACUUCGAGAAAGUCAUGCACACCAGGAAAAGACACAUGGAGCUGUUCCAGGAACUGAAUCAGAAAUUUCAAACCCUGGACCGAUUUCGAGACAUACCAAAUAUGGGCAGCAUGGACAAGGCAAUGCCAAACAAGAACCCAUGGGAGAGCUACAAUCCAGCCUGUGAGUACCAGAAUUACGCCACUAUGAAUGUACUAGAAUCUGGCACCAAGGACUCGCUGGAGAUGACGCCCGCAGAGUGGGAAAAGUGUGUCAACCUACCCUUAGACGUCCAGGAGGGAGACUUCCAAACGGAGGUCUAG